AUCAGUACCGCCCUGCAUAGCAAAACGAGAGAGAGAGAGAGAGAGGGUAUGGAGGAAGGAAGGCAGAAGAAUGGAAAGUUGGUGUGCGUCACUGGUGCUUCCGGCUUCCUGGCUUCUUGGCUCGUCAAGCUCCUUCUUCUUCGUGGUUACACUGUCAAGGCCACUGUUCGUGACCCUAAUGAUUCAAGAAAGGUAUCUCACUUGGUUGAAAUGGAAGGAGCAAAGGAGAGAUUGCAUCUAAUGAAAGCAAAUCUGAUGGAGGAAGGGUCCUUUGACUCUGCUGUUGAAGGCUGUGAGGGUGUCUUUCAUACUGCCUCUCCUGUUUCCGUUGAUGUCAAAGACCCUCAGACUGAACUCAUAGAGCCAGCAGUGAAGGGAACUCUCAAUGUUCUAAAGUCAUGUGCAAAAUCGACAUCAUUGAAACGAGUUGUUAUGACUUCUUCCUUGGCUACAAUAUUAUUUAAUGGAAAGCCUAAGACUCCUCAAACUGUUGCUGAUGAAACCUGGUUUUCAGAUCCAGAAUUUUGUGAUGAGUAUGAGCACUGGUCCGGCUAUAUACUUUCCAAGACUUUGGCUGAAGAAGCUGCUUGGAAAUUUGUGAAAGAAAACAACAUUGAUAUGGUUACUAUUAAUCCAGGAACAGUGAUAGGACCUCUCUUGCAACCAACACUUAACACAAGUUCAACUACAGUUGCAAUUAUAUUCAAUG